AUGGCCGACGAAGCGUCUUCGGUGCGCUCCUCGCAGGGCUCCUCGCGCCGUGCACCCAAGAAUCCCCAGCAGCAGCUCUCGCAGAUUGAAAAGUCCGUCACCCACCUGCUCGUCGCCACCAAGCAGCUCCUCGAGACACUGACACUAUGGUCGCGCGGCACCGCCACCGAGAGCGAGGUCUCGGACGUCUACGUGCGUCUGGGCUACGAGUUCAACAUCGCCUCGCGCGCCUUCAACGCCAUUGGCGUCGACACCACCGACCUGGGCAACGUGCCGGAGCUGCUGCGCGGCAUCCUCGAGGAGACGCUCAGCCAGGAAGCGUCGCAGACGAGCCUCGACAACUUCCUGCCGCGCAUACGGGACAUCAUCAUCAACCUGCUGCACGGCCUGAAGAAGAAGCAGCAGCGCCUGCGCCAGCGCACCGCCCGGGACGCCUCGUUGAACGGCGGCAGCCCCAGGCAGGGCAGCAUAGCGAGCACCGGCGAGCCAGAGGAGCCGCAGCAGACGCGGGCAUCGAGCCAGCGGCUGCCAUCGCGCAACGAUGAAAACGGCCACAGCCUAGACCGCCCUCCGCGGUCGUCGUCGGUUGCCGGCACCGGCUCUCUGACCAAGUACGAUGCACUGCCCGCGAACCCUCGCGCGAACCGCAACACCGGCAGCAGCCACAUGUCGACAGACUCGUCCAUGUCGAGCACGACCGCCCAGCAGAUGCCCGUCAUUGCGCCCUACCCGACCGACGACGCCAUGCCGGCGACGCCAGACCCGUCGCAGUCGUCGCAAAACUAUCCCGCACACUUCCCGCCGCCGCCGCCGCCGCCGAAGCAGGAAGAUGCUCUCGCCGCCUUGCAGAGGGGCGGAGAGCUGGAGAGGAGGGCCUCGCGCCGCUUUUCUGCCUACCAGAUCCAGAAGCACCUGGGCACAAACGGCAUACCGCUUCCGCCCGUGCAGAACUCGCCCAUACCGAAUCGAGGCCGCGACGUGAGGGAGUCGAUGAGUGCAGUCAGGACAAGAGGCUCCACGAUGCACAGCCGGCAGCGGUCGAACCAACAGCGCCCGACCGUGGACACGGCUGUGGACAGGACGAACCACGUCUCGAGGCGCAUCUCUGAAGAGAGCUCCCAGAGCGGAGCUCCUGUUUUGCCUCGGCCGCAAGAGCCCGACGCCCAGCUCAGCCCUAUGCAGCAGACCCCGGAAGACAUGCUGGGCAAGCCCGACUUCCCAGAGCCUGACGGGCCGUCUCUCGAAGCUACGAGUGGUCCGCUCGGUGAGCCAAUCGACAUGGCCGGCGACUCUCCGGAGACACGGCCGGCACAGUCCAACGGUAUACCCGUGAGGAAUGGCUCUCGGAGGGCUGCCAAGUCACCGUCUCCACAGCCGCAGCCGUUUGUGCCGGACCUGUCGCCCCAGGCUGGCAAAGAGCUCACCUUGUUCCUGCAGUACAAGAGCAAGAUUAAAAAGUACGUCUUCUCUGACGGAUCGGAGCUGUCCGCUGGACGGCUGCAGCUAGCCUUUAUUGAGAAAUUCGCCUGGGACACGCAUCGACACGGUGAGCUCCCGGAGAUCCACAUCCAGGAUCCCGUCUCGGGCGUGCGCUACGAGCUGGACGACCUGAACGACAUCAAGGAGCGCUCGGUCCUCGUGCUGAACGUCGAACAGCUUGAUGAGGUCAAGAAUCACAUUGAUGAAAAGUUUGGCGGGCUGAGAGAGCUGGUGGAGAGCAUCAAGACUGUUGUUACCGAUCAGCAGUCGGCCAUUGACCGUGUUGCUGAGCGCCAGCAGCAGACGGCACGCGAGCUUGCAGGCAUCGCAGCAGCACCACCACCAACCUCGGCACGCAACUCGGCGCUCCUGCCUUCGAGGCCGCUGCAGGGUGGCCUUGCGGCAGAGGGCACGCUGGCAUCAGCCGCCCAGCUGAGCGAGGUGCAGGCGCUGCGCCGCGAUCUGGCUGUUGUCAGACAGACUUACUCUUCGUUCGUCUCAGACAUCCAGGCCAGCAUGUCCGCUGUGCGCACCAAAGCAACCGCCGUCAAGUCGACCGCCGUCAAGGCCGCUCUGCCCACGCUCGACGGAGACACUGGCCGCGCAUACAUCAACACGGGCAAGAAGAACCUGCAGGAUGAAUCGGAGAAGAUUGUCAACCGAGUCGACGACCUCCAGGAUCUUGUCGAAGAUCUCCGCAAAGACGUCGUCAUGCGCGGUGUGCGACCUCUGCCCCGCCAGCUCGAGGUUACCGCCAAGGAUCUGUCAAGGGCCACCGCUGAGCUCAAGAAGCUGCAGGACUUCCUUGCCAAGGAGAAGCCACUGUGGACCAAGAUCUGGGAGCAGGAGCUGCAGACGGUCUGCGAAGAGAGGGAUCUUCUCACCAUGCAGGAAGAGCUCGCAGCAGAUUUGCAGGACGAUCUCGAAAAGGCCACACAGACGUUUGAGCUUGUCGAGCAGGCCACUAAGCAGCAGAACCUGCAGAAUGAAAAGGACCAAGCCAAGGGCACCCGCUCCGCCAGCGGACAAAAGGCCCUGAACGCAGUCGCCAUGGACAAGGUUGUCGACCCCCGUCAGGCCCGCGACGGAGUGCUAGGCGAGGUCAAAGCCUUGCAACCGAACCACGAGAGCAGGCUCGAAGCCAUUGAGCGCGCAGAAAAGGCUCGCCAGCGCGAUCUCGAGACCAGACGCGACGACGAAUUCAAGCGCGAGCUCGGCGACUUUGUCACCGAAGGCAAACUGAAGAAGAGCGGUGGGGUCGAGGAGGUUGAGCGCGUCCGCCUCAUGCGAGAGGAACGAGCUCGCAAAGAGCACAACGAGCGCGAAGCGGAGCGCAUCAGGAAGAAGUCGGAGAAGAUGGAGAGACAGCGCCAGGAGAGGAUGCAGGCCGCAGCCGAAGCAGCCGCGCAAGAAAACGGCGCCGAGGACAAGGCUGAAGAGCCAGCCCCCGCUGCGCCAACCGAUGCACCAGCACCGGAAGCACAGGAAGAGGCCAAGGAGGAACGGGCACCGUCGCCUGAAGGAACACGGCAACUAAGCUACACCGUCCGCCCGUGGGUCAAAUCUGGCAUCCCGCUGCCAAUGCAGAUGCUCGCCCACACGCCCAUGGCGAACCAGUUCCCGCACAGCCCAUCACCACCGCUCCGCGUCCUCGCCUCCACCGAGAACACCCCUCCGAACCCCCGCACCACGGCGACACCGCUCAGCAUCGACGCCUCGCCCCCCUCGAGCCGCGCGCGCACGCACAAAUCAGCAUCCCUGAGUCUGCGCGCGAGGGACCGACACGACUCGAGUCGCAAGUCGACUCCCACGCGACGCCCCAGGGGCAACACGGCGCCCACUGCGCCGUGCACACCGGAUCGCAGGGACGGCGCGGAGAGCGCGCUGAGCUUCACGCCGAGCAUGCGCGGCCAGCAGUUGGCGAGCUGGCUGUCUGGACUGCUGGGACGCGGGACCUGA